GGAUUAAAUACGGCAAGAGUCAGUGAGGAAUGUCUGUCUCUUUGUGAAGGAAUUAACUUUUUUUGAUAAUAAGUGACUUCUUGACUUCAACAUAUAGCUGAUACAGAUUCAUAUACAAUCGAUAGUUGACUCAAAUUCUUUUGGAAUUUAAAAAACUUUGCAUGUUGCUACGGAGACCUAUAGGCCCCAUGGUCCAUUGGAAAGUGAGCCAGUGAAAGUCUAUAGCCCACAGUAGCCCAGCAAAUAUUGUCAAUAUGCAGUCAGUGUACCGCUAGGCAGCACCCUUGCUUGAAUUGGAUCUCCGUGACAUCGUGUGCCGUGUGAUUAUUAUAUGAUUAUUCCUCGUUUCGGACUUUUAUACAAGGUUAACAUUCCUGUGGAGUCACACUGAAGGAAUUUAUAUUGGAUAUUUAAUAUUCAAAGUUGUUCAGAAAACGUAGCGGGUUGCAGUGCCUGACUGGAGCCAGUGGUUGUACCAUGUGAUAGACUGGUAGCUCACUGAUGGAAGUAGCAGACAUGUAGAUGACAGACUGGGUCACAGACUACCAUAGACCAGACCAUUGCAGUACACACCAGGGGGCACUCAGCUCAUUUUGCUAUUAAACCAUACAGGUGUGUAGCCGCAAUGUAGUGUUAGCUGGUACCACGUUGAUGUAUUUGUGAUGUAUGUGAGCAGAAGAAGAGUUACCAUGGCUGUGUAUGAGACCCUUGUUACUCUGGGAGCCUUUGUGCUGCACUGCUGCCUGGCAAUUGACCUUCCACCCAGAAUAACCCAGCCCCCCACAAUAAUGCCAGAGCCCAGACUCAGGGAUGUGAUAUAUUUUGACCCUGAGGGUACUGCAGUCAAGGAGUUCCCUUGUAGAGCUCUCGGAAGCAAUCCUAAGGAAUUUACAUGGACGAAGAAUGGAAGGCCAUUCAACAUUAAUGACCCUAAGUACAUAGCCAAUGACACCUCAUCACGUAUAGUUCGCAUAGACUCUAACACAGGGACCCUCAAGUUCCUACAGUUCCAUGAAAUGGACGAAGGCCAAUAUCAAUGUAUAGCAAAAAACAACCAUGGCACUUCAUUAUCAAAGAAAUUUAGAUUAGUGAAAGCCACAAAAAAGACAUUUGAAAACCCACUGGAGGAACCCACUAGACAUUCAGUGAAGCCUGCUGAUCCUUUAAAAUUGACUUGUAAUCCACCGAAAAAUGAUCCACCAGGGAUUGCGCGCUGGGUCAGGUUUAAGGACGAAGGAACUGGAAAGGGUUACUUGGAAUUAAACGACAGAAUUGCUAUGGACUACCAGGGGACCCUGUAUUUUGCCAACAUUGUACAGGAAGACGACAAUGAUAAUGAGAAAUACGCAUGUGAGGUUCAGCUCAAGUCCUUUGGCAUGUACAUAGAAGGGGACUACUCCUACAUUGAGAUUCUCAAAGGUAUACCCCAGGCCCAGUACCCUCCAGAGCUCAGCUACCAAUCGGACCAGUUUGUGGUUGGCCUGAAGGGUGACAAGGUCUCGUUUAUCUGUAUCUUCUCAGGACACCCAACUCCAACAGUAACAUGGUGGAAAGGCAGUGAGAGGAUCCAGGCAGAUUCUCGCCACAGGCUCCCGUAUCCAUGGAAACUGACCUUGCAAGACCUUGAAUAUGCAGAUGCGGGCGACUACAAAUGCAAGGGAUCAAACUCUGUGCUCUCUGGGUCCAUUGAUCGCUCCUUCAAAGUGGAGGUUGAAGCUAAGCCCGAGUGGGCACCAGAGCCUAUGAAGGUGGAUGCAGGUGUUGAUGAGUCGGCAGCCUUCGAGUGCGGUGCUGAGGGGAAACCUACACCCAGCAUCCGCUGGUUCAUUGAUGGAAUACCUGUGGAAUAUGUAAAAGAUGACAAAAUGGUUGUGAGUCCAGGUCAGCUACAGUUUAACGACCUGACGCCUCUUGACGCCAAGGUGGUCCAGUGUAACGCCUCAAACCAGCAUGGCUACCUAUGGGCCGAUGUACCUCUCAGUGUUCUUGCAUACAAGCCGGAGAGCAGGGCUGGAUUUGAUCGUAUCAAGAUAUCUGAGGGACAGGAUGUUAUACUGCCAUGUGAGAUAGAUGGGAAACCUACACCAACUAUCUACUGGAAGCGCGGUGGGCUGAAGAUGGAGGGGGUCAGAUACAUCAUGAACCCAACUGGCAACCUCACCAUCAAGAGUGCCAGGAGUGAUGAUGCUGGUACAUGGACAUGUUUUGCUGAAAAUAAGUACGGCAAGUUCAAUGCCUCUGGAGAACUUCUCGUCAGAGCUAAGACAGUGAUCGGCAAACCACCAGUUCCAGUGGAACAACAGAUGAUGUACAAUAAAGUGCUCCAGUUCACGUGCGGGGCCACAACCGACCCUGCCGAGAACUCCAACCUGAAAUACACAUGGUACAAGGACGGGGAACCGAUUAAGUUUGACAGCCGUGUGCGGAGACUGCCGGAUGUGAAUGGAAUCAAGAUUGAGAACACCAUUGCUUCUGACACUGGGACAUACACCUGUGAGGCCUCAAACGGGCUCGACUCGGAUAAAAGGAGUGCUGAUGUCGGCAUUGUUGCUCCUCCAGACCCACCCACAAACAUCAAUGUUGGGACAUGUAUCGAGCGCCGGGCUCGUAUCUCAUGGACCCCAGGGAAGGCUAACUUGCGGCGUAUAGACACAUACUAUGUCGAGUACAACCACUCUUACGCGCCACACAUUUGGACCCGUGCUGCCACAGUGUCUGGGGAUAAGACAGAGGCUGAAGUUCGGCUGUCUCCACACGCCAACUACACAUUCAGGGUGAUAGCUGAGAACCAGAUUGGAAAAUCUGCCCCAAGUGAGCGUGGACUGACUGGUUGUGACACACCUCCCUCAAGCCCAGAGAAACACCCACAGAAUGUUGAAAUUGACCGCAGUCUGCCAGGGUGGCUUAUCAUUAACUGGGAUAGGAUGCCAGAAAUAGAGCACAAUGGGGACAACUUCCACUACAAGGUCACUUACACCCUCGUCGGCCAGAAAAACUCCUCUGCCAUAUUUGACUGGCGGGAAAAUGAGAAGCGGGUGAACACGGGACUGUUUUAUGAGCCCGUACAGGUGUAUGUGGAGGCAGUUAAUGACGAGGGAUCAUAUAGCAAGCCCGCUUCAGUCACCUUUGGCUACACUGGAGAGGCAGAACCACUGACGGCUCCGUCUAACUUCGAGCUGGUGAAGGGUGUGAAUGUGACAGCCAAGACAGCCACAUUUCAGUGGGAUCCUGUGGACCUUUCACCCCAGAUGAUGCGCGGGGAGUUUAAGGGAUACACGAUCCGCUACUGGAAGGCUGGUGAAAAGGACACAACUCUAAAGGAGGUUGACAUAGCCAGAAAUGCUCCGCCUGACCCAAGGGUGAGGCGCGCAGUGCCAGAGAAAAAAGAGCAGGAGCAGGUGAAUGACCUUCCCCCGUACUCCGACCUUGAGGCAGAGGUUGUUGCCAGGAAUACUUACUUUAGGUCUAACGCGAGCAAUCUAGUGAACUUCACAACACCAGAGGGAGUUCCAUCAAAGCCGAGAUCAGCCCGGGUGUUACUGCGUGGAGCCCGCCACUUCCUCAUUGAGUGGGAGAAGCCCACACAACCAAACGGCAUCAUCACCGGAUUCAAAAUUGGAUAUAAGAAAGUGAAUGGUUUUAACGUUGGAGAGCUUGUGGUCACGAAUGAGUACCCUGACCCGGACGAAGAUCGUGGUGUGAUGGACAAGCUGGACGCUAACACAGAGUACAUUAUAUACGUGAUGGCUAGUACCAGCAAGGGAUAUGGAGAUGCCAUUUACUUUGAUGCCAAGACUGCAAAUGAUGGACCAUUGAUCAUACCCAAGAUCCGCCUAGAGCUGGUUGGUGAGGACUUUGUGAAUGUGACGUGGGACAUUGGGGCCAACACUGACUCCCCCGCUGGAUCAUUCCACUUUGUACAAUACAGGGAAGUGGGUUCAAAGGAGUGGGUUCAUACAGAUGAGGAGCGAAUCAAUACAUGGAUGAAUGUUUCGGGGCUCCAACCAAACACUCGGUACGAGAUGAUUGUGUUUGCGUCCAAUGGGAAGUUUGAGCAGCCCAGUGAUAUGGAGAGCUUCACCACCAUGGGGGGACCCCGUCCAAUAACUACGGAGACCAGUAUAGCAACAGCCUCAUGGUUUAUAGCCAUGAUGGUGGCCAUAGCUGUGCUCAUCCUCUUCUUCAUCAUUGUCUGCUUUGUAAAACGAAGACGGGGAGAGAAAUACAAUGUUCAAGAGAGGGAGAAGCUACGAGGGGCAGAUUUGGAGAAUGGAGAUAAAGAUUUGUUUAAUGAAUAUCCUAAGAGUGGGGAGACGGACCCUCUAGCAGCAGGAAGUCCAGACUCGUUUGACAAUGAGGUAGACCGUUUGCCCGGUGGCAGUGAGACAGACAGUAUGGCUGACUACGGGGAUGUGGACCCCAGCAAGUUCAAUGAAGAUGGAUCUUUUAUAGGCCAAUAUGGUCCAGCUAAAACAGAUGAGAAGGGAAAUCCGGCCUCUGCCAUGUCCACAUUUGUCUGACAGUGACCUACAAGCUUUUGCCAGGCGAAAUGGGUUGCCAUGCAACACGCUUCAUUGGUUGCCUAGCAACACAUGAAAACACAGUGAAACUGAAAAUGAAUUUGUGUUUGUUGCAUAGCAACCAAAUGUGGAAAAAGACGGUGUUUUUCGAUGGAAAUAAGGAAUUGAAAACAAUAAAUUGACCAUACUGUAUAUUGUAAUCUGAAAUCCUGUUUUAACACUUGGUAUAACGGUCCAUUCCGAUGUGCUUAAGCAGUUCUUGUGUGGCUGUUCUUGUGUUUAAACUAUAAGUUCAGUUGGCUGUGACUAUGUUUCUGCUUGGCAGUAUAUGUCUCAUCUGCAGCGCAGUGCAUCAUUCCUAAUGUUGAUGUUCAACCAGAUAUGUGCAAUUACUCUUGACCAAAAAUAAUCGUUGCCAUGAAAUCAUGACAACAGCCAUCUUGAGUACAAGUAUUCUUUGUUUACAUAGUGUGAUUGAUUGUGGAGGGAGGCACUCAGCUUUCUAUGUCCUUUAUUCAGUGAAUGGAUGUUUUCUUUGCAGCACCAAAAAGCAAACUUGCAGUUGAUGAACUGUAAGGCUGGCAGCUGGUUGGUGAUGUGUGGGCCAUAUCUUCAUCAUCAGCUGUCUUCAGAACGUUGUAUUAAUACAAAUUUGUGUUAGCAUACAUAACAAACAAUACAGCUUUACAUAAAAGGAAUCUCUUUAUGGUUUAACUGGUGAAGUCUUUAUACAUGUGUGAUUGUUGAAUUUCCUCUGUCCUAACAAGGAUGGAUGCUUUAUCCUUGUCACUGUUGUAAGAUAUAUAUGCGAUUUAUUUAUUGUAAGUGAAAUGACUUAUGCUUCACCAAAAACCUUUCAGGUCAACAUUCUGAUGCUUUUGAGUCCCUCCUACAAAUACUGGAGGACGUAUUACAGAAGCAGCUUAAGAUUGUUUAAUUCUUUUAUUUUAGGUGGUAAUUUUAAAAAAAAAUAUUUCAUAAAGAAACUCUGUCUCUGAUAUUUUAUUGUUUUAUCAUUCAAAAAGCAUUACUUUCUAUACUUUGUGAAUUAUGCAUUUAGCAGAAUUCUUGUCGACCUUGUGAACUAAACUGUUAAGGGAAUUGUCAGAUUUGAGGGAAAGGAAGAAAUUCAACUGGAGAUGCUUCUGCGGUAAUAUGUCCCUCUCAGUCCUCCUGAAUAAUUAGUGCAAUAUAUCACCUACAAGGCUAGCUGUUUUGUAUGUAUGCUUCAGUUAUGAUAUCUCACAGCAUUGAUAUUGUACAUGUAUCCGCUUAUGUGCUUUUAUACAGGUUUUAUUUUCAGUCUUACAUUCCAUUUGCCUUCGUUGUAUAUGUUUUCAUUGGCAUAUUUAUUGUACAGAGAAUUUACUCAAAAUCAUAUUAAGUGUUCAACAGCUGUGUAGAUACAAUUUAUUUGAUAUAUUUCUUUAUAAAAUAUAAAAAUAUUUAUAUUACAGUUGGGAAUCAGAUGUUUGUUUAAUAAGUGUUUUAAAAAUUUAGAAAACAUACAUUGAAUUCUAGGAUACAUCAGUACUGUUGAAAAUCUUCUGCAAUCAUUAUCAAUAUCAUACAGUCCCAUUUCAAAGCAUUUGUUUUUUAUUUGUAAUGAAUAUGGAUUUGCAAAUCCAAACCAGUGCAACAGAUUCAGGGAGCAGAAGUUUACUAUAAUUCACAGCAUUAUUUAUCAGAUAUGUCAACUUAACAUAAGCAAAAUAUGGUGAACUUAAUUUUAUGAAAACUUAACUUAAUGAAAACACUGUAUGUCUGAUAUAUAAUUUAGACAAAUAAUAAAAAUAUUUAUAAACUCAUCCACUUUAUGUACAUAGACAAUGUUUACAUCUUGCAGGUUUUUAUGUCUGUUGUGACUUACUGUUUUAUUCUGAUAUUACUAGUCAUGUUUUAUUUUAUGGUUGAGUUUACUCUCAUUUUUAUUAGAGCAUUUAUAUUUCAUGAUCAAAUAAAUUAUUUAAAUGCU